AUGACAGCGUACAACAAAAAGGACAAAGUCUUCAGGUUCGUCCGCCAGCUACUCGCCUUGCCAUUCCUCCCACCGGAACAUAUCGAGGAUGCUUUCCACCGUCUGGAUGGCCGUGCUCCAGAGGUCUUAGCUCCUGUAAUGGACUACGUAUACAGAACAUGGAUUCGUAGUCCAAUCUAUGAAAUCCAUCACUGGAGUGUUUUCAUGACGGCCAUCCGCACCAACAAUGAUGUAGAGGGGUGGCACAACAGAUUAAAUACAAGUGUGGCCACCAGGGGACCCGUGCCCUUCUACCAUCUUAUUUUAGUCCUUUACAGAGAGGCGAUGGACAUCACAUUACAGAUGAAGAUGGUGUCGGAGGGGAAGAUACAGCGGUAUCAAAGAAAGAGGACCCGUCAAGUGGAGGGACGAAUUUUUGAUCUGUGGCAGCAAUACUGUGAAAGGGGGAUAAAUGCUAGCCAGCUUCUCCAAGAAUGUGCCUCCAUCUAUGGACCUCCAACCCAGUAAAUCAAUGUGAAUCACGCAUUUUUACAGACGUAUGACUGGCGUAAUGUUAUUGCUAUGUUUAAUGAAUAAAGAUUUAGAUGCUGAUAGAUGCACAUUCAUAUUUUUUUCCACAUAUCAUUAAUAUUAAAUAUCAUACCAAAAUACUAGUUAUAGUUACGUGUAAUCUUCAGGUCAAUUUCACCGGGCAACAGAUAAUUAAACAUGGGUAAUAAUGUCUGAGAAAUAAAUAAGUUUGCUAAUCAGAACCAAGAACAAGCGCCGUUUGUAACCACGUACUAUUAUAUAUAUGGCGUUUUUCUCAGAUUAACUAACAUUUAUAAGAUCCUUCUUGUUGUUUCAAUUCUUUAUAUAAAGAUACAGGUUACACAAUUUUUCAACAUUUUAAUUUGAACGUAUGUAAAGCACAUCGUAUUUCAUGUAUAUCUAUAUUCAAUUUCGUAUUAUCAUUUUUAGCUCAAAAACUCCAUACAAAACUCACUGGCAACGCAAAUAUAUUUUUUAUAUAGAAAACAGAUACGUAGAUCCAUGAUAUUAAAAAUAUUUCCUUUUAUCAUACUAAUUUUUCUAGAUCCCUUUCGAGUAUUUCAAUUGUUACUUAUUUACA